GCUAGCAAACGCGCGGCGUGGGUGUGGGCUAGAGGGUGGGGAGAGGUAACCAUUGCUAAGCAGAGGCAGUUCCUCGAAGAAAAACCUAGGAAAGGCUCUGGACUGGCGGAAAUACUAAACUGAAAGGAAUCUCUACCCACUGCUACAAUCAAUCCAGAUGCCUUCUUCAACUGCACCAGGCCAAGAAGAUGACCAAGAGGCCUGCAUUUUAAGAUUUUCUGACCUGGAUUUAAAAGAUAAAAGUCUUAUUAAUUCCAGCAAUACACUCAAAGCAGAGUUAGAUGGCAGUACAAAGAAGAAAUACUCAUUUGCAAAGAAAAAGGCCUUUGCCCUUUUCGUCAAAACCAAACAAGUUCCUGCACCUUCUUAUGAAUGUAAAGAAAAAUGGUGGAAAUGCUGUCAGCAGCUAUUUAUGAACCAGACCAGUAUCCAUAGACAUGUGGCAACACAACAUGCUGAUGACAUUUAUCACCAGACUGCUUUUAUUUUAAAGCAACUUGCUGCAACAUUGAGUACCUCAAAGAGUGUCACAUCUGCAAACAAAAAGAACCCACUAAAAGAGUAUCUCACUCAUAGCCAUGAGGUGUCUGCUUGGCUGCCUGACACAAGCUGCUUUAGCCCUGAUGAACUGAAAAGUGGCCAGGGCAGUGAAGAAGGGGAGGUGCUACUUUAUUACUGCUACUGUGACCUAGAGGAUCCCCAAUGGAUCUGUGCCUGGCAGACAGCUCUGUGUCAGCACUUGCACCUCACAGGCAAGAUUCGAAUUGCUACUGAAGGAAUCAAUGGGACAGUUGGAGGAAGCAAGUUGGCCACCAGACUCUAUGUGGAAGCCAUGCUUUCUUAUCCAUUAUUUAAGGAUUAUCUUUGUAAGGAAGAUUUUAAGAUCAGCAGAGGAGGAGCUCACUGUUUUCCAGAAUUGCGUGUUGGUGUAUUUGAAGAAAUUGUGCCCAUGGGGAUCAGCCCCAAUAAGAUCUCCUACAAGAAGCCUGGAAUCCAUUUAUCCCCAGGUGAAUUUCAUAAAGAAGUAGAAAAAUUUUUAUCUCAGGCAGAUAAAGAACAAAGUGAUACUAUCCUACUGGACUGCAGGAACUUCUAUGAAAGCAAAAUAGGGCGAUUCCAGGGCUGCUUAGCCCCAGACAUCAGGAAAUUCAGUUAUUUUCCUAGCUAUGUUGACACAAAUCUAGAACUUUUCAGAGAGAAAAGGGUGCUGAUGUAUUGCACUGGGGGCAUCCGAUGUGAGCGCGGCUCAGCCUACCUGAAGGCCAAGGGAGUGUGUAAGGAAGUGUUCCAGCUCAAGGGUGGUAUCCACAAGUACCUGGAAGAGUUUCCUGAUGGUUUUUACAAGGGGAAGUUGUUUGUUUUUGAUGAGCGCUAUGCCCUGUGCUACAACAGUGAUGUGUUAUCAGAAUGUUCAUACUGUGGAGCCCAAUGGGACCAGUAUAAACUCUGCUCCACUCCCCAAUGCCGCCAGCUUGUUUUGACCUGUCCUGCCUGUCAAGGACAAGGAUUCACAGCCUGUUGUGUCACAUGUCAAGACAAAGGGGACAGGCAGGCUUCAGGCCCUACCCAGGACAGUUUUAAAGAGGAAUGUGAGUGUACAGCCCGAAGGCCACGCAUCCCAAGGGAAGUCUCACAGCAUGCGCAACUCUCUGUGAACCCUGCACCAGAGCCCAGUGUUGUUUCCAGUGAUGCAGAAUGCAGCUGCAGUUGUGUUUCAAGGAGAAGCCGAGUGGGGAUGGCCAUCCCUGCAGCAUGGUGCCGCUCCUGGGCCCAUUCGCAGCCGCAGUAGACACUCUUCAUAGUGGUGAGGCCCUGGCUCCACCUCUAGUUACCCUGUACUGUCCACGUCGCUACAGUUCAGUGCACAAGAUUUUUCCUUCUUCAUCAGAAGCCUCCUAGUCUAUGUUCAUUAGCUCUUUGGCCUUGUCCUUUAUCACAAGAUUUGCUGAAUCCCUAAUAAAAAUAACUCCCAAAGCAACAAACAAAAAUGUAAGUUAACUGGCACUGUGGUAUAUUAAAAGGCACAAGGGCAAUGUGGCUUAACCUUUUUGCCAACUCCCAAAAGAUGCCAUGUUGUUAAAAAAGAGGGGCAAAGGUCCAGUAGAAAUACCAAGAUUAUGUUUUAAGAAUAAUCAUCUUUUCAUAGCUUGGCCAGGAUUUCCCAGUUCUUUAAUAUCUUAAGUUUUCUGCACUGUUGUCCUUCAGAGGCUUCAUUUAUAUGCAUGAGAUCUUCAAUGAUUUGUCUAAUAAAUGAUGAGAUAGGUAGUUUAAGUCUGUAAGGUUGGCCAUGAUAAUAAGCAUCAUAUCCACAGUGGGCUGGAAAUUCACCCCUCUAGUGUUUGGCCUUUCAUGAGCCAUUUGCCCACUAUGCUGUAUAGAAAGGUGUUUUCAAGUGUUUAGCCAGAAGUUCUCACAUCUGUCAUAAGGUUGGCAUU